AAUGUAAUCAUCAUGUCACUAUUUACUGCCCAGAUAUUCCCAGGACAAGCUCUUGGGUUUAUAGUGCUGGGAGCUUCACUUCACGACAUCCUCACACGACUGAAAGCCGAACCACAACGAUUUCCAAAGCUUGACUUAGUAUUUGAACAGUCUUCUCCAGUUGAGGAGCCUGUCAUAUUGAAUCUGCCAACAAAUGGUAUCCGACUACGAUUCGAUGGACCCGAGCAACGAUUACGUCUGAUUGAGGUAUUGGACUUCACGAAAAGCCACCUCACAUACAAGGACAAAGAUGUUUUACGACCGCCCACAGCGACGCAAGCAGUAGCCGCUCAGCCAGAGAGUUUGUCCGGUCCUACAUUCCGGCAUAUUUACAAUCGACUUCUUGGACCUACAUUCCCUGGAGAGUAUAUCGAGCCGGAGAUUGGGGAUGAGACGGGCAUGGGCCUCUAUGUGCUCUCAUAUCCAGGAAUAGCGUUUUCAUUCCCACUGCGCAGCUCAUCAUGGUCUCCCAGGCAAGAUUUCGUGUCGCUAUUAUCCUCUGCCAAUAGUCAACCUGCGUCUUCCAUGGCAAUCUUCAAAGGAGAAUCAUGGCCAGAUGCACGAGAGCGACUGUUCGUACAGACCAUGGACCCCCGAGACAUAUUCACUACAUUAAUGAAGGGUCGAGAACCCGUCCCGGAUGAAGUACGGCUAGUAAGAAUACACGGUGCAGGGCAGAUAGAACUUAUUCGACCAGACGGCGUUCCACCAUUCUGGAUCAAACUCGGAUUGACUUCACCGCAGGAGCUGGUGUCAAUACUUGGCCCGCCUGAUGCGAUAUACCGCAAGAACGAUCAACGCAUGUCCAUACACAAGGCUCGACCUGCUUCACGGACACACGCACGAGACGGUAGUGAGGUCAGGGAUGACUCUACCGAUACCGAUCAAUCUUCUGCACAUACAGCCACAGAUGACUCGGACGACGAGAAUGAAGAAGGCGAAGUCGCUGGUAAUGUAUCAGGAGAAUGUUUCUACAACUAUUUCUAUCAUGGCUUCGACAUAUUGCUUUCUACGCCUGUUACCCCGUCCCAGAGUCCACCAUCAAAACGAUCGGUAGUCGAUGAGACCGAAAACAUUAUACAAGCAGAAACGUCAACUCAUUUAGUAGCUACGAAGGUAAUUCUUCAUGGUAAUGUGCCAGGCUCAUAUCCAUUCAACCGACACAGACGAUGUCGAUGGGAGAUUCAAUACCUAAAACCAAAGAAGGGUCAAGACACCAUUAACUCGGAAUCGCCGUUCAAAGAUGUGGAACAAAGGUUACACGACGAAUGGAAGAGCAUUUACAAAAAUGCAGAGGAAGCAAGAGCUCGUCAGCGCGGUAUGGUACUGAAUCGUGAUUGGGGCGACAGUCCCGGUAGCAGCUGUGAGUUGCUAGGUGGGUGGGAAGAUAGUGUUGGGGGCAAGAGAUCCGACCCGGUUGGGACGGAAGAUACGAGAGGUCUGGGGAAUACGACACUUUUUGGAUUUCCGGGCUUGGUGUUUGAGGUGUUGAAGAAUGGAAUUGUGAGCGGAGUCACGGUUUUCUGAUAUGCAUUUGGGGUUGGAGUAGAUUUAUUAGCAUGGUACAGGUGUUAAUGGCUGGCAUUUGCUUGUUUGGGGGGUUAUGACGUCUAGAAUUAGGAUACCAUAUAGUGCAGGAAGAAGCAUCCAGUGACCCUAUAGCAGAAUUGUUACAUCUUGAAGUACC